GCAAGUGUUGUCAAGAGACUAAACAAAAUGGCGGCCAAAGUCGGAAAUUUUUAGGUUUAUUUUUGAAGAAGUAAACAACGAGGUUUUUCAAUAAUUUCGGUAUUUUUUAUUUUCAAAAUAUUUUCAAAUUUUCAAAAAACUAUCUACUUUUUGAAGAUUUAUGUAAUGUAUUUAAAUAGUUAAACAUUUGCCUUGAAGACACGGAGAACAGCCUUUCCUAACCUCAUUGUACAUCCCAGUUUAUUUUGGGAGAAAAAUGUCUCGACACGUGCAAAAUGCUGACUCCGCGGUACUAGAGCGAAGACUGCGACCUAUUUACGAUUGGUUAGAUUCAGGCAAUAAUAAAAAAGCCCUUCAAGAAUGUGAUAAAGUUAUAAAAAAGACGCCAAACUUACAAUGCGCCAAAGCACUCAAAGCGCUCACUUUGCUAAGAAUGGGAAGGGAAAAUGAUACUAAUGUGAUCUUAGACAAUCUGAAUGCCGAAAAGCCUAUCGAUGAAGCUACCUUGCAGGCAAUGACAUUAUGUUACAGGGAAAUGCAAGAAUUGGAAAAAAUAUGCAAGUUAUAUGAAACUGCCGUUAAAUUAGACCCUACUCAUGAAGAACUACAUACUCAGCUUUUUAUGAGCCAUGUCAGAGUUAGCGAUUUCAAGGCGCAACAGCAAAGUGCUAUGGCACUUUACAAGCAAAAACCUAAAAACCCGUAUUAUUGUUGGAAUGUUAUGAGUAUUGUUCUGCAAGCUACAAGAGGAGAAGGAGCUACAGAUCCUACUAAAAGAAAACUUCUUUUAAGUCUAGCUGAAAGAAUGAUGAAAAAAUUAGUUGAUGAUGAUAAAGUGGAUGCUGAACAAGAAGUUCAAUUAUAUGUGCUUGUCUUGGAACUACUAGACAAAUAUGAUGAUUUAAUUAAAAUCUUAGAUGGUCCUUUAGGGGAAAAACUUCAGUGUGCAAACUUGUCACAUUUAAAACUGAAAUAUUGCAAAAAAUUGAAUAGAUGGACUCAAGUUAAUGUAAUCUGUAAGGAGAUAUUAAAUGAAAGUUUUGAUAGAUGGGAUAUUUGGAAGGAAUAUGUUAAUUCUGUAUUCAAAUCAACUAAUUCUUGCAUUAAUGGAGAUAGUCAAGAAUUUUCAGGUGAUGAAUUUGAUUGUGCGGAUAACACUGCUGAAAAAUGUCAUGAGUUUAUUUGCUGUGUUAUUGAAGGGGGAGCUGCGAAUGAUUUUUUACUGAGAGGUCCAUUCUUAGCCAGAUUUGAACUAUGUGCCAAGCUUCAAGAAAACAACAUACCAUCUAAUGAUAUUUUAGGAGAUAUUAUUGAGCUGUUUGUAGAGUAUUUUAGGAAAUUCGGACACAAGCCUUGUUGCGUGUCAGAUUUAAGAAUUUACUUGAAACUGUUGAAUGACGAACAAAAAUCGGAACUUGCAACGAAAUUGGUCAAGGAAGUUGGGAUAGGGCCUACUAGCAUACCACAAUCGGCCAAUCAGAUGCAACGACACAUAGGCGCCCUCCAACUGUCCAGGCUGUGUGGCUCGCAUCGGAACUUAUCACCAGAACACCUACGCGCUUUAGUCACAGCAUUCAUUUUGCAUUAUCAGCAUGGCUAUCAGGCCUACGGCAAAGACUUGCCUUUCACAGACUUGGGACCUUCAGAUAAUUAUGCCUUACUAGCUGCGCACGUCUUGUAUGAUUUAUCUAGAAUCGAAAACGGGGUGGAUUAUUUAAUUGGGGCUGUAGCGUUGUUGGAGAGCUUACUGAAAAAUUCUCCUAGUAAUUUUCAUGCAAAAUUAUUGGCAGUUAAAUUUUAUCAUAUGUUAGGUGAUGGUAUGGGAGCAAACAAUAUAUUCUACAGCCUCGAUAUUAAACAUCUACAAUUAGACUCUUUAGGCUACAUCCAUUGUGGACAGUUAGCCACAACAGGAUUGUAUUCUUUAUGUGCAAUUCAUUAUGAUACAACCUUAAAGUUUUUUUCUUCCAAUUAUAAGGAUAGUACAGAUCAUUUAACGUUUUCAUAUAAAUUCGGUUCCUUCCAUAAAUUAGACGAAUUUAUGGAUUUCCGGGAAACAAUGAACAACAGCAUGCAUUACACCACUGUUGUUGUAGACAGAAUAAUUUUAAGCCUCGUCGACUGUUCUAGAUUAGAUAGUUUGUAUAAUUUGGACAUAUCACCUAAGGACAAUAAAAUUGAAUGGGAUAAGUUAGGAGAUAAUAGGGAUUUAAAGGUUUACGUAACAUGGGACCCAGAAUUUGCUAGUCAAGAUAUCGAGGAGAGUGAAGAAAUAAAACAAUUAUACAUUCAAGAUCUUAAAUUUUUAAAAUUAAGAACACAUAUUUUGUGGUCUUUGAGCUGUGGAAUAGAGGUGCUGAAAUCUUUGGAUGGUACCAGGCAAAAGCAUAUUGAAAGUUUGCAAAAAAUAUUGAAAGAUUGGAAAGAUUUAGAAGACGAUGUUAGGGAGAAUAAUUUAAAACCUAUUUCAGAGGAUCUUAUUGCAUAUCCGCCUCCUUCUCGGCUACACAGUUUCCUGCAAACUUCCUAUCGCACUAGUAUAAAGGCUUUCAUGGAUUUUUUCCUUGCUCUUGCUGCUGAUAACGAACAAGAAGCGGAUAGCACCUGCAAAAAUGCUGAACUAGAGUUAGAGUCUUUAACACAGAGGCUUGAAAAAAUUGUAAUGACAGCAGCCUCUGAUUUUAGAGAAAAAAGAAAAGCAAUGGAGCUGUUUGUUAAUAGUUUAGAGGUUAUCUGUAUUGGCUGUGUCCUUUGUAUAAUGUCUAGUGAAUUGAUAAAACCUUCCCAAGCAAAAAAAGGUAAAAAGAAACAAGCUCCAGAAUCGAAACUCAAAGACUUCUUACAUCUGUUAGUGAAUCAACUGAAAACUCAAAUAAAUAAAUUAAGUGACUUGUUAACAAACUGGUCGAACGCUGUGAUCGAAAAAGACUUGGUGAACAUUUUAGAAUCUUUAAAUUUAAACACACACAGUUCCGAUUCACAUAAAAAUAUUACACAAAGCUAUGCAGUUUCAUGUAAGGAAAUUCAAGGUGUGCUGAAGAAUAAGCUGAAAAUGUUGGAUACAAUUUAGGAAUAGUUGUGCGCCACUUCUUCCAUUAAAUCAAUGGGUUGUGUAUCUACAAUGAACAUUUAAAGGCCGCGGGACGGACCUUGAAAGGUGGCGAAUUUAUCAAUAAUAAGUGAGAUUCUGAAAAAUCUUGUCAGUGUAAAGAUAUAGUCAUAUUGAAAUUAUUUUUGACCAGUGAUAGGAUGUCAGGAUACUGCCCUUAGGAGAUUGUAUAUAAUAAAUCAAUUAUUA